GGAGGGCUGUACGGACUAGUUGGAGUUUCCAGUGUGGUGAAAGCAGGGAGGGGAGGAGGCGGAAAUGUGAUUGGUGAGGAGGUCAGUGUGUGAUGUGCGGGCACCGGGCUGGUGAGUGAAGAGUUAGUUCACUGUCCCCUCUAUAGGCUGCCUGCCUGUGAUUGAAUUUGAAAAUGAAUAACCCUGUAACACCAUCCACUUUUGUGCGUAACCUGAGUCCUGGAUUAUUUAGACAGCUGGGAGAUUUUCUUGACCCGCAAGAUGGAUGGAAAACUAUAGCAAUGAAUAUAAAAAAAGCGUCGGGGGAACCUCGAUACUCACAGUUUCAUAUAAGGCGAUUUGAGGGAAGCAUUCAAAAAGGAAAAAGUCCAACGCAAGAAUUGCUUUUUGACUGGGGGACGACAAACUGCACCGUCCGUGAUCUCACUAACCUGCUGCGGGAGACAAAUUUCCUGACUGCUGCUUCAAUUUUGCCCAGUGAUCAAGAGACAAGAGCUGCCUGCCCAACAACCCUUAUAGAUGAAUUGGAGAAACAACAGAUCACAUCUGAAAAAUGUAUCCCAAAAAAUCGUGGAGACCCUGUUUGUCAAAGCUCACAUCCAGAGGAGAAUGAUGAAGAAACAGGGUUUGGAGUUUUCUCCUUUAAUGAGCUGAAGAGAAUUACAAGAAAUUUUGAUGAUCGUCCACUUUCUGAUGGAGGGAAUAAAAUCGGAGAGGGGGGGUUUGGAGUUGUAUUCCAGGGACAAUUGAAGUCUGAAAAAGUGGCAGUAAAAAAACUGACAACAAUUGUUGAUGGUAGUCUACAGGACCUUAAAGAUCAGUUUGAUCAAGAAAUAAGAGCAAUGGCUAAAUGUCAGCAUGAAAACAUUGUGAAACUUCUUGGCUUUUCAAAUGACAGUGACAAUUACUGCUUGGUUUAUACUUAUAUGUCUAAUGGCUCUUUGCUGGACAGGUUAGCUUGCCUGAAUAACACAGAUCCAUUAUCCUGGAAUAGAAGAUGUAGUAUUACAGUAGGAACAGCAAAGGGCAUUAAAUACUUGCAUGAAAACAAUCACAUUCACAGAGACAUUAAGAGUGCAAAUAUUCUUCUAGAUGCUUAUUUUACUCCCAAAAUAUCAGAUUUUGGGCUUGCAAGAGCGACUGGGAAACAUGCCAGUACUAUGAUGACGGAAAGAAUUGUCGGUACUACAGCUUACAUGGCCCCAGAAGCCCUGCGAGGAGAGGUCACUAUAAAGUCUGAUAUAUUUAGUUUUGGCGUGGUAUUACUAGAAGUAAUCUCAGGACUCCCGCCAUUUGAUGAGACACGAGACCCACCAUUAUUGCUUGACAUUAAAGAGGAAGUUGAAGAGGAGGAAAAAACUCUUGAAGAAUGCGUGGACAAGAAAAUGGGAGAUGUGGAAUUCAGCUUGUUAGAAAAAAUGUACUGCCUUGCCAGUCAGUGCUUGAACCAAAUGAAAAACAAAAGACCCAACAUUAUCACAGUGCUGCAUUCUCUGGAGGAUAUAACCUACUCUUCUGGUUCCUGAUCAAUGCAAACGUUUCUAUUUUUUGUACAUAUGUGAUUUUAUAUUGAACAACAUUAAGCUCUGAAGUUAGAGGGACAGCUAUUUUCACUAGAGAUAAAAUGCCUUGACAAUCAGGAAUAUAAACUCUUCUUCAUCUUCUCUUUGAAUAUGUUCUCCUGGCAGUAUGAAAAUGGAUAUAUUUUGAGUAAGCAGAUAUUUUAAGUUAUUAAGAUGGUAUUUACCUUAAGACCCCUUCCACACUGGGGUGGUUUUCAGGUGCUUUAGCGCUGGAAAUGGCCUCUGCUAAGCGCCUGAAAUCCACCUCCCAUUCAAGUGUGACUUUUUAUACUGGAGCGGUGUGCUUGGGGGACGUUCCGAAAAGUCCUGCAAGCAGCUUUUUGGGUCAGGUUGGGAGUGCUAUACUUGGCGCUCCCAAAAUGCCCUGUCCAUUGGAAUGAAUGGGCAGCGCUUCCGAAGCGCCGCAACACAGGAGUUUUUAACCCCUUCUUUGGGGUUAAAAGCACCCUGCUAGCUGCUGAAAAGCGCCGGUUUACCGCAAACACAACCCCAGUGUAAAACGGGGUCUCGGCUAGGGCUGCCACCUCAUUCCUUUUAAAUCCGAACACAUAUGAAUUACACAGGUUCGAAGGCUAAUUUAAU